AUGUCUGCCAAGACUGUCAAAGUUGCCGCCAUCCAGGCCGAGCCGGUAUGGAACGAUCUCGAGGGGGGCGUAAACAAAGCAAUUGCUUAUAUCCAAGACGCUGCUUCUAACGGAGCUAACGUCUUGGGAUUUCCGGAGGUAUUCAUUCCUGGUUACCCAUGGAGCAUGUGGGCCAAUUCCCCGGUUGAUAAUGCAGCUUUCAUGGACGAGUAUUUCCGAAACUCGCUCCCCAAGGAGUCGGAGCAGAUGGACCGAAUCUGCGCUGCGGUGAGAGAAGCUGAGAUGUUUGUUGUUCUCGGAUACAGCGAGCGCUACCGAGGAACACUUUACAUCGCGCAGUCUUUCAUCGACCCAACUGGAACCAUCGUGCACCAUCGCCGCAAGAUCAAGCCGACUCACGUGGAACGAGCCUACUGGGGUGACGGCCAAGCCGAUUCCCUCCAAACCGUUGUUCCCUCGCCUUUUGGAAAUAUCGGCGGACUCAACUGCUGGGAGCAUACCCAAACUCUUCUUCGCUAUUACGAGUACUCUCAAGAUGUCGAUAUCCACGUUGCUAGUUGGCCUCUGAUUUGGGAUAUGCCGCCCAAGGAAAAUGGGUCCUGGACACACCAAAUCACUCCGCGUCUCAACUCUACUCUCUCCCAAACCAUGGCUUUUGAGGGUGCUUGCUUCGUUCUCGUUUGCACUCAGAUUCUGACCGAAAAGAGUCGCGAGAAGUGUCGUCUACAAAACUUCGAAUGGGCCACUACCCCGGGUGGUGGGUUCUCUAUGAUCUAUGGGCCCGAUGGGGCUCCACUGGUGGAGCAGCCGCCCUCUGGUGAGGAAGUGAUCCUCUAUGCUGAUGUUGAUCUCCAUGACAAGGCUGUCGCAAAGCACAAUCUGGAUCUUGUUGGCCAUUAUUCCCGACCGGAUCUUCUGAGCCUUCGUGUCACAACUGACGUGGGAAAGCCGGUCCACUUCAAGGAGUAA